AUGUCUUCUCCGUCCGUCCCCGAUUCUGUUACCCGUGCCACCCCCAAAGGCCAACCCCUAUCUGAGAAACGAUCCAUCACUGACGACAAAAGCGCCUCCGGUUUGAACCCCUCCAAUCAAGAUGGGGGUUCGGGGAAGCCGAAGAAGAGGAAUAAAAAAAACAGUUCCCAGUGGAGAAUGGAGAGGAAGCGCAAGGCCGAGGAACAUUUUUCAUCAAUGGGAAAAGAAGAAGAAGAACCGAUUCCCUUUAGAAUAAUGACAAGGCUUCAGAAGAGGAGACUUGAAUCCGGACUUCCAAUUUUCGAUGACCGUUAUCGAAUAACCACCGGUCUUCAGAAGAGCAGAUCUGAAUCCACCGUUACCGAUCAGACUGGGCCAUCUCAAUUGAAUGUAACAGAUCAUCCUAAGAAAGUUGAGAAGUCUGAGAAAAAUAAAUACCCCACACAAAAUAUUAAGUCUUUAACAUGUGAGAUAUGCAAUACUAAAGUUAUGUGUACAAAUCAUUACCAGCGGCAUAUGAAUGGGAGAAAGCACUUAAACAGAGUGAAGUGGGUUCGUGCUCACCAAGUUUUAUCAGGAGCAGAUCAGCAUGCUGGGUCUGGAGAGCCAUUGGGCUUAUACCUACCUGUCAUGAAUGCUCUGUCUAAUACAAUUAAUGAUAAACUCCAACAAGAUGAUGGUAAUAGUCAACUUUUUGCUGAUCUCCUGCUGACUGUACUAUCUAAAAUACAAAUUCCAGCAAUAGCAUCAGAGACAUGCGCCUUGGGUGCUAAGAUACCAGCACGCACGUCUAUGGCUGGACCAAGUUAUCAACCUCAGUUGUUACUGACACGAGGAUCAGAAAUCGAAACACAUGUUGAGAUGGAAAAUCCUUCUGGUGAAAGAAAAACUGAGCUGGCCGUGGCCGCUGAGAUGCCGGCACUCAAAUCUAUGACUGGACCAAGUUAUGAGCCUCACAUGUUGCAGACACAAGUAUCAGAAAUCAAAGCACUUGUUGAGAUGGAAAAUUCAUGCGGCGUAACAAAAUCUGAGCUGGCCAUGGCUGCUGAGAUACCAGCACCCACAUCUAUGGUUGGAUCAAGUUAUGAACCCCAGUUGUUGCAGACAGAAGUAUCAGAAAUCAAAGCUCAUGUUGAGAUGGAAAAUCCUUUCGGCUAA